GGGCCCGGGAUCUUCAGCAGGGCCCGCGACAGGGCCGUGGUCUCCGGCUGCGGGGUGACCGUAACGCCGCAAGGCUCUGCAGUCUCUGGGAGUUCUUGUGCAAUUAUUUGGUAAACAAUGAAGGUUCUGUUGCUGAAGGAUCCCAAAGAGAGAGAUUCAGGACCAGAUCCAUAUAUUAAAGAAUUAGGAGCAUAUGGAUUUGAAGCAACUUUGAUUCCAGUUCUGUCAUUUGAAUUCAUCUCUCUUGAAGGCUUAUUUGAAAAGCUCUCUCAUCCAGAAUCUUACGGAGGCCUGGUUUUUACCAGUCCAAGAGCAUUAGAAGCUGUCAAGAUAUGUUUAAAAGAGAACAGUAAAAAUGAAGUCUGGUCAAAAUCUCUUAAACAAAUGUGGAAUACCAAACCAGUGUAUGUGGUAGGAAAAGCUACAGCUUCCCUAGUGGAAGAAAUUGGUCUUAUUCCACAAGGAGAAAAGUCUGGAAAUGCUGAAAAAUUAGCAGAAUAUAUUUGCUCAAGAGAGAAACCUAAUCACUCAGCCCUUCUUUUUCCUUGUGGAGCCCUGAAAAGAGAAGUACUUCCUGCAGUACUUCGGGAAAAAGGUAUAGCUCUGGAAAGCCUUACUGUUUAUCAAACAACCCAACACUCUGACCUGCAGGAAUCUUUGAGCAGUUAUUUCUCACAACAGGGAAUUCCAGCAAGCAUCGUGUUCUUCAGCCCAUCUGGUGUCAAAUUCUGCCUCCAGCACAUUCAGAAGCUUUUGGGGGAUUUUAGCAACAGUAUCAAGUUCGCUGCAAUUGGUCCAACCACAGCAGAAGCCAUGGAAGCAGCAGGAAUCCCAGCCAGCUGCACUGCAGAGAGUCCAACUCCACAAGACUUGGCUGCUGGGAUCCAAAAAGCACUUCACUUACAGAACUGCUCAAUAUCUAAGUGAGAGCACAGCACACCUUUGAAGCUGAAUAUGGUGCUGUGGAAGAUUUUUCCACCUUGCAGUCCUGGUGUCCUGCAAGAAGAUACUUUUCAGGACUGCAUAACACUGUCCUUAAGAUUACACAAUUGUUGUUUGGAAAAGACCUUUAAGAUGAUAGAGUCUAACCCUUCAUUGGUUAUCUUUGUUGUAAGAAGCUUGUAUCUGAAGAUGUAAGAAACCCAAGACAUGACCAGAGUAUUUUACAGCAUGUAGCAACUCCCCUUUUUCUCAUGUGUGCAUUGUAAAUAUUUUAUGUGGAUUUCCCUUCUAACUCUUUGUGAGAAGCUGAUCAGUAUAUUGAAAUCAUUGUAUCACCUCAGGUAUCUCCUACCACACCAGGUAUGGAUUUAAAUUUUCUGCACACUUUUACACACACAUCUUUUUCUUUUGUGAAAGAAAAGCCUGUUUAGAUGAAGUAUUUUCUGUUGUAAAGCUUCACUUGUUUGUGGUUCUGCUUUUCAGGUAUUUGUAUUACACUGAUGAUUGUAGAUUCUCAGUGGAAUAGGACAGUCCUUGCAGUGAAGUUGCACUGUGUGAAGCUAACAGCACCUCAUCUGUUGACACUAAAGAUCACAGAACUACAGAUUAGUUUCGGUUGGAAG